AAUUGGAAAAUGGCCGCGAAACAGAAUUCUUCUGUUCAGGAAGGACAAACAACAUCUGACGAUAUUCCCCUGACAUCCUUAGAAGAAAGUUUGCUUAGCUUGGAAAAGCUUGAUCGUGCAUCUCCAGAGCUAUGGCCUGAACAAAUACCCGGAGUGUCGGAGUUCGCGCCGAUGCACAAUACCAAUCAAUCUCCGCCUUCAUGGAACAGAGUACUUACCAAAGAGGACUACAGUUACAUGCAUAAAUUAGGUCUACUUUCAACCAGUGGCCUGAUAAUGGAAGUGAAGAAACUUCAUGAUCUAGCAUACCAGCUAGGCCUUGAAGAAGCAAAGGAAAUGACUAGAGGAAAAUAUUUAAAUAUAUUUCAGAGGAGACCACCGCGGUAGUAUGUUGAUGAAUGUAGUAUAGUUUCAUGUUGUUAAGUUAGCAGAAAACUGGGUUCGAAAGAAAAAUUUUAAACCAAACCACUGUGCUGUCCUUGAGCUGGAAAAUUUGAUUAUCCUAUUGCAAGAUACAACAAAAAUGAUAUUGCAAUCAACUUGCAACAGCGACUUCAAUGUGUGAUAUACAUAGAUGUCACAGCACAGGAGAAAACAUUACCAACUGCGUUACAGAAAAGGUCUUUUACACAAGUGGACGGACAACCAAUGGCAGUCAAUAAUAUGGAGUGAUGAAUCAAUUAUAACUUAUUUAUAGAAAGAAGCCGACCUUUUCCAGUUAAAAGAGAAUCAUCAAAAUCGGUACAUAAUGCCGGAGUAAUUGCAUAACAUACAAAAUAUACAGUUUAAUAGAGAACCCCCUCCUUACUGAAAUUGGUUAAAAAUUAAGAUUCAAAGA